AUGCUCAGUGCAUCGGAUAUAUCUACUGUAUCGUCUGUCAUCGUGGUGUUGCGACCCUUGGAAGCGGCUACAAAAGAAAUUUCGGGUGAUAAAUACUGCACAAGUAGUAAAAUUAUUCCCUUAGUUCGUUGCAUGCUCUCUAAAAUAACUUCAGCUGUUAUAGAAGAUCCCGUAGCGAAGGAGGUGCAAAAACUUGCUAUUAAUGAAAUAAAUAAAAGAAUGGGUUCUAUAGAACAUGUGAGUGCUCUUGCUAUCGCAAGUAUUCUAGAUCCACGGUUCAAAAGAAUACAUUUCAAUGAUGCAAUAGCUUGUUCGAAUGCUGUUUCGAAAAUUAAGGAUAUAAUGAAGAAGAAUUUGCAAAGCAAUGAAGAACCUGAGUCAGAUUCUGAUAAAUCUGAUAAAAAUGAAGAGGUCUUUUCAUUAUGGACUGAUCACCAUAAGUUAGUGCAUCGUAACUGGAAAAUUAACAAAUCUGAAGAUGUUUUGUCUGACGAACUUUCAGUUUAUCUCAGAAGUCCUGUUGGAAGACUGAACGAAAAUCCGUUAGAAAUCUGGAGGGAUUAUAAAAUACAAUUCCCGAAGCUGUACAAAAUAGCUUUCAAGUAUUUGACAAUAGUUGGCACGUCAGUACCUUCAGAAAGACUUUUUUCACAGGCAGGGCUAGUUUUGACUGAACGAAGGAACCGAUUGAAGGGGAAAAGAUUAAGUAAACUUUUAUUUUUACAUAGCAUUGACAAAAAAUAUUGGAAUAUG